UUUACUUGGCCGAGAAGGGCAGAUUGACAGUACUCCAUAUAUUCCUUGUCAUUGGUCAGGACAGUCAGAUCAGAUCAGGAGUAUGUAUGAAGGUUCAUGGCCGCCCAGGCUGUCAUCCUGCUCCUGUUCCCGUCGCUCCUCUCCGCCCAGACAGACGCUCCGGAUGCCUCCGCCGCCCGUUUGCCGCCGCCAUCGACGAUGACCACGACGAAAACACCUGGGAUUGUAGUAGUUGCUUGCGUUGCGAGCGCUCUGAUCGUGGCAGCGGCGGCGGCGGUAUACCUAACCUGCUGGAUCAGACGUCGACGACGGGUCGAAUCUCAAAGUACGUACGUGCGUACGUGCAUGGGUGUGAAACGGUGCCAGCGGCGGCAGGAAUUAAUAAGUAUGAACGAUCGUCUUUUUUAUCAUCACCAGGGUUGCCAGUUGAUGUACAUACUAUCAGAGAGGCGACAUGCAACCCGAGGAACAAGUUGGGCGGUGGGGCAUUUGGAUCAGUCUAUAAGAUGGAGCUCCCUGAUGGAAGAUGCAUGGCCGUUAAGAAGGUCAAGACGCGAAAGCCUAGGCGAGGGCGACUGGUGGACGACGCCGGCGAGGGCGGGGCCCGGCUGCAGCUGGAGAACGAGGGCAACGUGCUCGUCCGCGUGCAACACCCCAACCUCGUCAAGUUCGUGGAAUGCUGCAAGGACGGCGACGACUGCUUCGUCAUCACCGAGUUCGUGCCUAACGGAAGCCUCGACAAGUACUUCCAUGGUGAAGAUAGAGACCGUGAAGAGCUACCAUGGCCGCCACGUUACAAGAUAAUACAAGGGACAUGCAACGGCUUGCUCUACCUCCAUCAGCAGGGGAUCCUGCACCGGGAUCUCAAGAUGGAGAACAUCUUGCUGGACAGCGACAUGAACCCCAAGAUUACGGACUUCGGCAUCUCCAAGGUCAUCGAUCAGCGCAGGACUCAUAUAACCAUGGAUUUCGCAAUAGGAACCAAGGGGUACAUGGCACCUGAGUAUGCAGUCAGGCAGUACUCGCCAACAUCCGACGUAUACAGCUUCGGUGUUCUUCUCCUAGAGAUCGUCACCGGCCGGACAAGCUACCACACCGCCGGCGGCGACCCCACCGCUCUCGACUUCCUCCGCGAGGUCUGGCGGGACUUCUCCGACGGGUGCCACGGAAAGAGCGGCUUCGCCGACGGAGUACGCAACAUAACCCAGCGGCAGCUCUUGACGGAACCGGGCCUUGACAUCGAGCAGGUGGGCAGGUGCGUGCGCGUCGGGUUCCUGUGCGGCCAGGACAACCGGCGCCACCGGCCGGGCAUGAAGCGGGUGAACCAGAUGAUCGCCGGCGACUGCGGCGACGUCGAGCUCCCGCCGCCUGGACAGUCCUGGAUGGGUACGCUACGCACUCCAUCUGUUAUCCGAAUCUGUCACGUGGUAUCUCAUCGUCACCAGCCGCGAUGUACGUAACUGCACUCCUUUGCUCGAUUUUCAGUGGAAGCUAGUCGUGUGGGUGGCGAAGCUUCAUGGCUCCUGAAUCCGUACUAGGGUCAGUAGCGGGUCGGCAGGCUUGCAUCUGUACUCUGCCAUUCACCGGCGCAAGAAAAAUGAGCCGGCCGGCAUUGGUGCGGACGCCUGCUUUAAUUCUUACAAUAUUAAGCUUCACCAGUGUAUCUGUACUGCUGUAACAAUGUUCAGGAUCUGUAUUGCUAUCGUCAAGUAACGCGCAUGUAUAAAAGUAACAGAUUUUUGUUUGGAAAAUUACGAUAGAGUUGCAUCGCCCAGGUAGCAAAUUUGAAUGUCAUAGCACCAUCACAACUUUGGUUCAGAGAAACUAACAUGGCGUCAGCUGCAGCAAGUACAACACUAACACUACAGGCUAGUGACUGCCUGACUGCAGUCCAUGAUCCAUUGAAGGUCAGUAACGCGGCCAUUGUUACACAAACAGUAUAAUCCAAUUAAAGGAACUACUUGCAUGAUUUUCUUUUUUCUAA